CAGAUUGCAUGAAAACAGGGAUGUUGGGUAUCUAGAUAGAUUCAAGGCUUAUCAGAGUCAUAUGCUCAUAUUAUGAGAAAGACGGUAUUGGGAGUGCCAGUGGAUUAGGUUUCCAGAACUUCAAUGCUCAACCUGAACAUGUAGGGAUUUUUUGGGGAUUUGUCUGCAGUUGGUGAGGAAUUGACAGGCACACCGCUUGUCACUUUUCCUCCCUAACCAUUGAAGCUGUGAUCGAUGGCUUAUGAUUUGGUUUUCAGCUCACAAUAAUGAAGCUUUGUGAACACAUGAUGGAUAUGAGUAGGCCUGAUUACACAGAAACAUUGGAUUCGUCUUAUACCAUGCUUGAGUUUGACAGCCUGAAAGUACUGCCAUCAAAUAGCGAGACUAUUCCAUCAGAAAUAGGUAAUAUGAAUGUGUUGAUGAACAACGGUAUCUCUGCCAUUUGCUCAAUCUGUGGUGAUCGUGCAACAGGGAAACAUUAUGGUGCGUCCAGUUGUGAUGGAUGCAAAGGUUUCUUCAGGAGAAGUGUUCGAAAAAAUCAUGUCUACACAUGCAGGUUUAGCAGGCAGUGUGUGGUUGACAAGGACAAGAGGAACCAGUGCAGAUACUGCAGGCUCAAGAAGUGCUUCAGAGCUGGGAUGAGAAAGGAAGCUGUACAGAAUGAAAGGGACAGAAUCAGCAUUCGCAGGACCAGCUAUGAAGAUAUUGGCUCCCUGUCCAUUGCUACACUGAUCCAAGCAGAAACAAUGGCUAGGCAGAUAUCUGGUUUCAAUCCUGUUCAUCAUGCUGAUAUUGCAAUGAAGAAGAUUGCAACGAUCAAUGAUGUUGGUGAAUCCAUGAAACAGCAACUGCUUGUUUUAGUCGAAUGGGCAAAAUCUAUCCCAGCAUUCUGUGAAUUGCUACUGGAUGACCAGGUUGCAUUGCUUAGAGCUCAUGCAGGGGAGCACUUGCUGCUGGGUCUGGCUAAACGUUCAAUACCUUACAAAGACGUCCUCUUGUUAGGAAAUGAUUACAUCAUUCCCAGGCACUGCCCAGAGUUAGAGAUUAUGCGUGUUGCAAACAGAAUUCUGGAUGAGCUGGUGAAACCAUUUCAUGACCUCCAGAUAGAUGAGAAUGAAUUUGCUUGCCUCAAAGCUGUGGUAUUUUUUGAUCCUGAUUGCAGGGGUGUUAGUGACGCAGCAAAAAUCAAAAAUAUGCGAUUCCAAGUGCAGGUCAACCUGGAGGAUUAUAUCAAUGAUCGUCAGUAUGACUCCCGUGGACGGUUCAGUGAUAUUCUCCUGCUUCUUCCAUCACUGCAGAGCAUCACAUGGCAGAUGAUUGAACAAAUUCAAUUUGCCAGACUCUUCGGAGUGGCAAGAAUUGAUAAUCUUUUACAGGAAAUGCUGUUGGGAGGAUCCACAAACGAAGUAACUCAGUACCCACAUUCUGGACACUCUGGUCUAGUUCACAAUCCUUUAAGUGGCCAUGCAGUGAUUACAACGGGUGUGUCUUCAGCUAUCCAUCAUGUUCAAACCUCAUCACCAGAAACUCCACUUCCGUCGCCGUCUUCUGGUUCAGGAAAUGAAGAAUAUAAACUGCAUCCUGUUGCUCAGAUUCAGACUCCGUCUGCACGUAUGCUGCCUCAAAGCAUCAUUCCCAAGCAGGAAAUAUUGUAAAAUAACAAACCAAUGUAAUCCCACAUUGACCAUGUGUGAAAACAGAGACCAAUUUACAACGGGCACUUCUCCAUACUACAAAUGUCAGUUAAUAUGGAAAGAAACAGAAAGUGUGUUGUGAGUGUGUUUGUAAUGAGAAUGAACAUAAGUAUUCAUACCACCUCAUAUCAUUAAUACUUGUAGAAGUCAUGUGUGGAAAAGUAUCAAAUAUGUUUAUACAUAAUUCAUCUUAAAUUUCCUCUGUACUUAAACCAAGAGACACAUAAUCUAGCAUAAUCAUAGAAUUUUGGGUGUAGAUUAGUUAGGGUCGGAAAUCCAAUGCACUCAAAAUUCCGCAAUUUAUAACAACUGUCUUUCAAAAUCUCCAUCUGAACCAUAAGUCUAUCCAUAAAACCGGGUCUGCCCAUAAAUUAAAAAGGCGAGGUGAGAGUGACUACCGUUGACACUAAGGCAGCAUUCAACCAAAUAUGGAAUCAAGAAGCACUAGCAGAACUAGAGUGAAUGGGAAUCGGGGGACAUUUCAAGGCAGGCUGGAGUUAUGCUUUGCACAAAGAAAGUUGACUGUGAUUGUUAGAAGUCAAUCACUUUGGCCCAAGACAUUGCUGUUUCCUAGACUUAACCAUCUUCUCAUGUUACGUCAAUGAUCUUCCCUCCACAUAAGCUCAGAAUUGGGGGUGUUUGCUCAUGAUUGCACAAUGUUCAGAACAUUUGUGGCUCAUCAGAUACUGAAGCAGUCCAUGUUCAAGUGCAGUAAGAUCUGGACAAUAUCCAGGUUUGGUCUGACAAGAAGCAAGUAACGUUCACACCACUCAAACUUUUGAUUUAAUUUGAUUUAUUAUUGUCACAUGUACCAAGAUACAAUGAAAAGUAUUGUUUUGUGUGCUAUACUGGCAAAUCCUACCUUACAUAAGUCCAUCAGCGUAAUAGAACAGAAUGCAGACUAUGGUAUUCCAGCUACAGAGAAGGUGCAGAGAAAUAUCAACUUCCAUAUAUGGGAGGUUCAAAAGUCUGAUAACAGCAGGGAAGAAGCUGUUCUUGAAUCUGUUGGUAUGUGUUUUCAAGGGAAAGUGCCAGGCAAUGGUCAUUUCCAACAUAAGAGAAUGUAACCAUUCCCAUUGACAUUCAAAUAAAUUGAAACAAAGAUGUUGGAAAUCAGAAACAAAAACAGAAAUUGCUGGAGAGACUCAGCAGCUCCACCAGCAUCUGUGAGGAGAAAGCAGAAUUAACACUUUGGGACCAAUGAUCCUUCUUCAGAAUUGAACAAGGAACGUUAACUCUGCUUUCUCUCCACAUAUGCUGCUGCAACAAUGGAGUUUCUCCAGCUCUUUGGCAUUCAGUUGCAUUACUGCUGCCAAAUCCCCCACUAUCAAUGUCCUGGAGUUCACAUUAACCAGAAACUGAAGUGGAAUAUCCAUUGUUGGGCACAAAAACAGAUCAGAGGUUAGGAAUUCUGCUGGGAGUAACUCACCUCCUGUCUCCUUAAAGCCUGUCCAUGUAUCACAAGACACAAGUCAGGACUUUGAUGGAAUACACCACAAUUGCCUUGAUGUGUGCAGCUCCAAUCACACUCAAAAAGCUUUAUGUCAUCCCAGACAAAGCAGCACACUUAUUUUGCACCCUAACCACAACCUUCGUAUUCACUCCCCAUUGAACAGCAGUGGCAGUAGUGUGUAGUGUAGUAAUUCACCAAGGCUCCAUUGACAGCACCUUCUCAACCCACACCUCAACCACUUAGAAAAGGCAACAGAUGCAUGGGAACACCACCACCUGCAAGUUCUCCUCCAAGUCAUGCAUGAUCCUGACUUGGGGUUUGCAGGCACAAACAUGCAGAUAAGAAAGCUAAUUUGGCUGUUAUUCUUUAUAAUGGCAUGAUUUGAACAUAAAAGUAAAGAGGUUACACCUUAGGGCACUGGAGAAACCACAUCUUGAAUGCUCUGUGCAGUUUUGGUCUGCUUUCUCAUUUAAGGUAAGAUGUAAAUGCUUUGGAGGCAGAUCAUAAGAGAUUUACUAUUGAUUCCUGGAAUGAGCAGGUUGUCUUAUGAUGAGAGGUUGAACAGUUUGGGCUUGUUUCUACUGAAGCUUAGAGGAGUGAAGAAUGACUUGACUGAAGUGUACAAGACCGUGAGCAGUCUUGACAAGGUGGGGAUAGAAAGGAUCUUUUCUCUUGUGCGGGUGUCUCCAAGUUUGAGACACUGUUUUAAAAUUAGGGAUUGCCCUUUCAGGACAGAGAAGAGGAGGAAUUUCUUCUUUCAAAGGUUGAGCAACUUGGAACACAUUGUCUCAGAACACAGUGGAGGUAGGGAAUAUUUUUUAAGACAGAGGUGCUUUUUAGGAAAGGGAGCAACAGUUAUCAGAGCCAGAUGGGAUGUGAAAUCUGAAACACAAACAGAACAGCCAUGAUCUUCUUGAAAUGCAGAACAGCCUUUAAGAGAUGAAUAAUCUACAUUGGCUCCUAUUGCAUAUAUUCACGUAAGCUGCGUCACUGUGUCUUCGAUGUUGCUGGGUCAAUAUUCUAGAACUCCCUCCCUAACAGCACUAUACCUAUAACCCAUGGACUGCAGUUGUUCUAGAAUGCAACUCACCACCACCUUUUCUAGGGCAAUUAGAAAUAGACAACACAGGUAGACAUAGCCAGUAAAUUCCUACAUCCCACAGGUGAAUGAGUAAAACCACAGACAUUAGUUUUCUAUACUUGCAGCAGCUCUGAAGCUCCUUCAAAACUAUGACUGGAUUUUCUGAGCUGUAGCAGAAAACUAAUAUCUUUCUAAAGUUUAAUCACAGUUGUUUGAGAGCCUGAAAGAAAAUAGACAGAGACUGGGUCAUGUUUUGCUUUUUUAUUUGCAUACAUUUUUUAUGAUAUAUUGCAUUGAAAAUGGGAAAGCUUUCCUGAUUGCAGGUUGGUAACCACAUGUGUCUAACGUGCAUAUUUGAUGCCUAAACGAGUUGAAACUUUAAUGUUCAAGUGUGGCAGGAAUCUUAGAACAUAGGAACAGGAGUAGGCCAUUCAGCCCCUUACAAUCUCCAUCACUCUCCUUUAGCCCUGAUUGUUUACAACCAUUUUCAUAUUCAGGCAUGUUCUAAAGGGAUUCACAGAAAAUUUGAGUGUAACUAAAUAUGGCACAAGGGGUACCUUUUUGAGCCUAACUUCUGAAUUGUGCCCAUGGAGUAAGUUCAAGCCCAUUAUAUUGUACUGUUUAACAAAAGUAAAAUUGAGAAUCUCUAUAAAAUGUUUGGAAAGAAUUUCGUGCAUCAUGCCACUGACUUUGUUGAGUAAUCAAAGAUCUGCAGCAUUUUAGACAAUUUAUGUCUCAUCAUUGAAAUGUUCCACUGAUUUAUUAAAUAAAACAAAAAUAAAAACAAAAUUGUAGAUAAAUCAUGUGGUAUUAUAGCACUGCAUUUCAGAACACAUUACCUGUAGUUAAUAAUUUCAUUAAGGGCUUCCUUAGGUUUUCUGGAUGGCUCAGCUGCUUAGAGGUGCAAACAUCAUAAUCACACACACCAGGAACACCUUAGGAUCAAAUUACCUUGUUUCACUAACUUGUUAGUUUCACAAGUUGGCUGUGUUGCAAACUCUUGGACAGUGAAGAACACUUUUGUAUCUUUAACCCAGCAAGAAGUCAAUGUACAGGAGAUGAAUAGAGACAAGAGGGCAGUGAAAGAAGGUACAGAAUUGA